UUCAACAAGGAUUAUAGAAAUGACGUGUCUGUGCAAGACACUAGAAGAACGAAGUUGUGGUCGCCGUGGUGGCUUGUCUUGGUUCUUUCCACCUUCAGUUUCGGAUCGUGCGAGUCAUUGCAACGAGGAGCAAUUUAUGGCUAAGAUGCGUUCAUAUAAGAUACAUGAGCGAUACUGUAUUGGUGAGCUACUUUACUGCAGUAAGAUUCAUGUCCCAAUUUUCAACCUCACGUUGCAGCACUUCUAUCUGGCGGUCUUUAACAUGGAAGCGAAAGAAAUUGAAAUCUGGGACUCAUUACGAGGAACUCAUAAUGAAGAAUAUGAUGCAAGGAUGCAGAAACUGAAAUUGGGUCUAGAUUGGUUGCUUAAGGAUGUUAUCUGCGGG